ACUUGGGUGAAACUAGUUCCAAGUUUGGUCGUGUGUUCUGACUUCUGAUCCGUCCUCAAUCGUGACUGUAAUCGAAGAAAUUAUCAAUUAAUCGGCCCCAAAUCCUCCAUAUCCGAAUCGAAUCAAAGAUGAGAAUGAUGUCGACGGCGGUUGCGGCGGCAGUAAUGGUGCUUCUGACGGCUAACAUAGGCGGAGUGUUCGGGAUCAGGUUUGUAAUUGAUAGAGACGAAUGUUUUUCUCAUAAAACCGAGUACGGAACCACUGUUCGAUUUUCUUUCGUUGUUAUUAAAGUCGAAGGUGCUUGGCAUUAUACCGAAGACGGCGUUGAUCUUGUGGUGAAAGGACCUGCGGGAGAACAAAUUCAUGAUUUCCGUGACAAAACAAGCGACAAGUACGAUUUCGUGGCACAUAAAGAAGGACUCUAUCAGUUUUGCUUCACUAACAAAUCUCCGUACCAUGAAACCAUUGACUUUGAUGUGCAUUCUAGCCACUUCUAUAACGACGUUGAGCAUGCAAAAGAUGAUCAUUUCAAACCGAUUUUGGAACAGAUAUCCAAGUUAGAGGAUGCUUUAUAUAACAUUCAAUUUGAACAACAUUGGCUCGAGGCGGAGACUGAUCGACAAGCAAUAAUAAAUGAAGGGAUGAGCAAGAGAGCAAUGCACAAAGCUAUGUUCGAAUCAGCAGCUUUGAUCGGUGCAAGCGUAUUGCAGGUCUACCUUCUCCAACGUCUGUUUGAACGAAAGCUCGGGAUGUCGAGAGUUUAAUUCAUGAUCGAUUGCGGAAUGUUUUAUAGCACUUUUUAAUUUAUUCGAUCUUCUGUUAUGAGCUCUAGAUAUAUACCACCAAAUUUGCAUUUGUAACUUUAAUUCGGGUGGACUUAACAAAUGACCAUUUACAUUCU